GAUCUCCACACUUGUUCUGUCUUUACUGUGAUUCCACCUACUGGGCCACACAUAAACCCAUGUGGGGCCCAGAAACUUUCCAGUGAACAGCAAAGAGCACAAUUGGAAAUAUCUUAAUUCUCCACAGGUUUAAUCCAACAGGUUACAGGAUGAAGAUGAUCUCCAGGAUCCUGCUGCUCCUCAUCCUCAGCUCAUGUCUCUGUGCAGCAACAUUUGUAGUGAAUGUGACACAGAGCUGCUAUCAGGCACAGGAGAACCACAGCAUCACUCUGGAGUGGACCUUCACCACCAAGACUCAGGGAUCCUGGAGGGAUCUGUUCAUCUACUGUAGGCUGGUGGCUCCUCAUAAAGAAUUGAUCUUCUAUCAGGUCCAUGGAGGUGUUGAGAUUCCAGAUUCUCAGGAUGAACAGUUUUCAGGACGAGUCCAGAUUGACAAAGACGUCCUCAGAGAAGGACGAAUCAGACUCCAUGUGUCCAGACUGAGGACUGAAGACUCUGGUCAGUAUCUGUGUGACGUGAAAACUGAAGACGGUUCCGACAAGGAAAAGUGCCAACUCAACGUUUCUAAAAUGAUCUCAGCUGUUCCUGGACAGAGCGUCUCUCUGCCAUGCCGACUCCCCAACAUCAAACCUGCUGUGGUUGUGCAGUGGACCCGACCGGACCUGGAACCAGAAUAUGUCCUCCUGUUCAGAGAUGAGCAGCCUGAUCCAGAGAACCAGCAUCCAUCUUUUAGGAAGCGGGUGGAGCUGCAGGAAAGACGGAUGAAGGACGGAGACGUGUCUUUGCUUCUGAGCAACGUGACGACCAGCGACUCGGGAAAAUACGAGUGUCGAGUUUUUCAGAGAGUAUCAUCCGGCAGGAAGACAGUAAAUUUGACCUCUGACCCCAUCUGGAUCGUCUUCCUGGAUGUAGCGCCUCCUCCAGAAAACGUGGUGGGAAGAAAAGAAGAUGGAAGCAGAAACAACCAUGUUGGACUGAUUGUUGGAGCCAUUCUGAUUAUUGGAGCCGUUCUGAUCGCUGCACUGAUUAUUGGUUUGAUUCUUCAUCAUUAUGUUAUUAAAACAAAAGAAGAGGAAACAGAAGAUGAACAGAUCACCGAACUCACAGUGAGUGUUAAGGACGGUUCUAGUUCAGAUCCCCAACCUUGAUCCUCAGAGCUCAACAUCCUCCAUGAUUUGAAUGUGACUUUGCUCUAACAACUUGAUUGCAAUGAUUCCAUCAGCUCCUCUGCAGGCCAUCAGGUUCUGCUGAGGAGUUUUAAUCAUUGAAUCAUUUAUGUGGCUACAGGGAAAGUCCUAAAGCCUGCAGGACUUUGGGCUCUGAGGACCAGGGUUGGGAUCACUGCUCCAGUUGACCCAAGAUUGGUUUCUUCAGCUGUUACAG